AUGUGCUGCUGCUGUCCGCUGGAAGACUCGGUGCCAGAGCUGGCUACCUCCCAACAGCACACGACAGCCGAAGGUUUCAGAAAACUGUUCAGGAAUUCCAGAAGGAGACAUGGAGAAACAUUCACACAGUUUAGGAAUAGACUCCGCUAUUAUUCCCAGAACUGGUUCCACAUGGAAGGUGCGUGUGAACGGUUUGAGAAUCUAGCUGAUUUAGUUCUCCGUGAGCAGUUACAAAAUGCCUGUGAUUUCCAUUUGGGGCCAAUUGUCGAAGCUAAACCCAGCGACUUGGAGCAGAUGUUCCCAAACUAUGACAAGAUCAUCAAAAACUACACAGAAGAUCUGCAGACUAGCCAGUGUGUCCUGUUGGUUGCUGGUGAGAUGGGGUCAGGCAAGUCCAGCCUGGUCAACCUGUUGCUAGGGAAACAACUGAUGCCCACCAGUGACCUCCGCUGCACUGCAGCAAUCGUAGAAAUCAGCUAUGGGGCUUCACCACAAGCCAUUGCUCACUACAGAGAUGACAGCUCCGGGCGGGCCAAGACUCCCAUCUUGUUCAAACCAGAUUCCCUUGAAAAUCUGGAGUCAUUUUUGAAGAAGCUGGAGUUGGUGAUCACAGCCAGAGACGAGGAAACAGAUGAAAGUCCGUUUGAGAAGGUUCAGCUGCAGUGGCCGCUAGAAAUGUUAGAGGUUAGUCACCUGUGA